GUUCUGGCGCAGCUGUGAUGCCGUCCACAGAGAGUUCGGGCAGUAGAAUACCAGCUGCAGCGGCAGCAGGAUCCUCACGAGACGGAGCUACUGCUUCCGUCCGCGAUAAAGUACUUUACAGCUAGCUAACUUGGUGUGUAGUAAAAAUGAAACGGGUUUGAUGAUGAAUACUCAUGUUGUUCUAUCAGUUUGUGUCUAAAAAUGGACCACUCUACUACAACCAUUCUUGUCGUAGGAAAGCAGAAUUGAAUGGUAGAGAAGCAGAGUCAAAAAUUCCUCUACAACUAGUACUGUUCUUUCAACAUCCCGAUUAUUAUUCAUUGUUCUACUUGCUGGCUCUGUCCGGGAACAUUCGGGAAAGCAAAAACAGAGGUACCUUCGGACGCGAGCGUGGUGGCGGGGCCCGGCUUGUUUUUUUUCGCGCUGGUGAACCCUUUGUGCGGGUUGUACCUGACGCACAGCGACCGCCUGCGCCGCUCGUUGCCGCGGCACAAGUGGCUGAGUCGGCGGUAUCCCAAAAUGGCCUGGUCUACGUUUUUCGAUGGAGAGGACGACGAGAACCACACUAGUACUGGUCCCGUUACGUCGUCGCAAAGAGAGGGCGAUCAAGCUGCGGGGGUAGGAGAAGUACCCUCACAAGACGAACCUUCGCCAUCACCAGGUGGAUCUUCACCGCCAACAUCUACGCAGAAUGCUUUUGGUAGUGCUGCCUUGAAGGAGAAGAUGUUGUCCCCGAUACCCGCUUCCGGCCGGCACAUCGCGCUAGCGGACCUGCGGAUACAGACCUUACGGAGUGAGUCUGCAAGUGAACAAGCAACAGCUGCAACAGGAGACAUGACAGCACCCUCGUCAAACGCGAACAACUACGCCGGCAAGGGGCAGGUGAAAGGCGGCCACCAGCAACAGCAGGGCGUCCGGUCGAGAAGUACUACCACAGCGAAAAGUCCGAUAGCGUCGACGGGAAGUGAAAAUCAAAGCAGCGAAGUUCUUACGCCAACUCUAUCGAAGCAAGCCUUACAGACGCAGCUUUCCGUUUUCGCGUCUCCGGAUGAACAAGAUGUCCGACCUGCUUCCGACCAUCACGUUGACAACAGUUUCUACCUGAUCGGCGCCACGCACGAGACUGCGGAUAGUUUCAUGCGGGACGGGCAGAUAUACGACCUGUUCGGCGUAUCAAGUACAUCAAAUAUGUCUGCGUCUGGAGAAGAAAGGCUUUGUUUUGCGAUUGUGAUGCACUUUUGUUUUCGACCGCACGAUCAGGACCUGCUAAUACUUCUUCGUACCCAUUUCGCAAGAUAAUAUAGUCUUCGCAAUGUUGUCGCUUUUUGGUGUGGCAAAAAGUGAGCAGCUCUCGCUGCUCACGCAACACACAGAUGUUUCAAGCAUCCCUCCGCCUCCACAGACGACCUAGACGCAUUUGCUAAAAUGCAUACGGUGGGGUCCAAGACAACUCGGUCGGUAUACAGGCCGAGGAAGACAUCUUCGACCUGUACCGCGAGGCCGCCGGCUUCGACUACCGGGCCUGCAUGUUUUCCAUGGUGUACCGCAACGCGCCGUUUUACGGGCGAGUCGAGGAGUGCAGUAUGACAAAGAUGACAAGCACGACUGCGAGCACGAGGACACCAGGCUCGGAAGAAGAGGUGGAAAAAGCUGGACCUCCUCCCUUCUCCCUUCCCAGCGCCACGUGGCCGCACCAGUUGUUUCUCCGCCUGCAGCAGGAGGUGCAACAGGCCUCCUGCAAGCGGGUCUGUCUACUCAGCGCCGGCUUCGCGCACCUGGCCCUGUCGGGGCUGCACC